AUGGUAGCUGGCUGGCCGGCCGCCGAUCGCGAACGUCUCUUGGCCGAUCUGCUCGGUGAGCACCGGGCGCCGCCGGCGUCGUUCGAGGUGGCGGAAGGUGGGGGCGCGGGGGCCGAGCUCCCUUCUGCGGAGGAGGUACGUGUGGAGCGCCUCCAGCAGGAGCUGCAGGUCGCCCAGCAGGCGGUCGUCGAGGCCAAACCAGGGGAGGCGGGAGACGUCCCCGCGGCGGGGGCGGCCGAGCGGUCCGCCCGAGCGGUCGGCGCGGGCGCCGCUCCGUCGCGCCGCGCGCCGAAGGCCGCGCGGGUGGCGACGCCCGGCCCGGCGAAGCUGCCGCGCAAGACGCCGCCUUCCAUCGAGGAAUAUGCCGCUAAGAAGGCCGCCCAGAAGGCGGUCGCCGCAGAGGCCGUGGACCUGGGGCCGCGGGCCCGGGACGCGACGGCCCGCGCGGAUCGGCUAGGGCUCCGCGACCGCGUGGCGCACCAAAAUGACCGUCACGCAUACCGGCAGGUGAAUAACACGGUGCGCUCACAGCAGGGCUUAGUGGAAGGCCUGCAGGAGGAGCUGCGCGCUGUGAUGCAGGCGCGCGCCACGCUGGAGGCGCGCUUUACCGGCGCUCUGGCCGAGCUGCGGCUGUUGGAAGCCCGGCAGCGAAAGGCCACUGCCGACGGGACCGAAGCCCGCGGCGCGCCUGACGCCGAGACGGCGAGGGCCAAAGCCGAGGCGGCCACUCUAACCCUAACCCGCCUCAGGGUCCAUGUUCCGUGUGGAACCGCCGACGAGCGGAGUCGCACGUUGUGCCGAACCGCUCGGGCGCGCUUGCUGCGCCGCGACCUCACGCGACGAUCCCUUUCCGGCGAUCGUGCGAACGCCCCCCUCGCCGGGGGUUGCGUUUUUCACGGCGGUCUCAGCCCCGUUUCGCGCGUCGGCGGACGGUACCCUAGCGGUACGUCACGCGGCGACAGCAGCGAUCCGUAG